GGUGACAGCCUUCGUCUAGCAAAAGCAAUACUUCGGUUUGAUCUGUAGCUCCAUUAAAAUCAAAUUCAUUGACCACGUAAAAUAGCGCAGCAGCUUGGAACUGCUGAUCAACUCCACGUGUUCCGCCGACAGAUUGACGAUUGCUUUAAUCAACGUUUUCCACACAGGAAAGGCGAAAUUACAGCAAAACCCUGAGGUACAUGAUAGUGGCUUUACUGUGGACCAUGGUUGAUUAUCGUUUUGUGUUGUUAGUCUUGUUAGUUCGUGCAGUUACGAUUUCGAGUUUCAAGUACAUAAAUGAGCCAUGUUCGUUGUUUGCCAAGAUAUCAACAGAUUUGGAAACAAAAGAAGGAGACACGGUUGAAAUGAGGAUGGUAUACUGUACGCUUAGUCACCUGGAGAAUGAAUCACUGAAAUUCAAUUUUGAUAUCAGCUGGGCUUUUAACGCCACAACGGACAUAAACCACUAUAAUUUAGUCUAUGUCAGUGUCGUGUUGUGGUGCAUAUCGCCAUUUGAGCUCGAUUUCAUUAACCCGCACAACAUGGAGAAAAAAAACAUCGUACUGGCUCUCUCACUUAGAGGUGUGUGCAAAGCGUCGGUACAAAAUCUCGCUGUCUUUGCAAAAGCAACCGACUUACGACUUCUGGGUCUGAAAGGAACGAAGGCUACAUGGUUGGUUGCACCUGGCUUUAGGAACGUAACUCAUGGAAAUGACAGUUUAACAAACGACAUGAAAAGGCUAUCAUACUUGGUGCUCCAAGACAGUUUUCCAGCAGACAUACGCGCUACGUUUUCCGACUUAAACAACGUCUGGCGGGAAAUGGCUGAAGUUAACUUUGAGCGAGUACCGGUGAAAGGAAUCCCGGAACAAUGGAAGACUACCAUGCCAUUGCUACAAAGGCUUCUCAUGGUAGAAUGCAAUUUGACGAAACCACCAGAAUUUCCUUGGAGCGACUCUACCCUGGAGUAUCAACGUGGGCUGAGAAGGACAGCUGAUAGUUUCCAUACUGUAACGUCUAUCCAUGUUCAAGGUAACCUUUACGUUCGUGUAUUGCGUUUGGAUUACAAUAACAUUGUUGACCUAACGUCUCACGAGUUCAGCGGAUUGUUGCAUGUGUUAAGCCUGCGAGGAAAUGGCUUACGGACUAUUGGGCCGUUAUGUUUUCGCAAAUUACGUGGAAUUCAAAGGAUUGACCUCAGCAGAAAUAAUUUAGUGUCCUUACCUCAAGAUCUGUUUCAAGGGCUGACCUCAUUACGACAAGUCUAUCUUCGUUCAAACAAGUUGAAGAUUAUUGAACAAAAACUAUUUAAAGACCUGAAAAAUGUCACGAUUGUUCACCUUCGGCAAAACAACCUGGACUAUAUUCCAAAGGGACUGUUCAACUCAUUAGAUUCCUUGAAAAUCCUAGAUAUGGGAACUAAUAACAUCACACAAAUUGAAGAAAAUCCUUUUUCAAAGAAUGCCUCUUUGCAAGUGCUGUACCUCGACAACAACAGACUUUUUUGAGCAUCCCUUCAUGGAUAUUUCUUCUGCCAGACAUAAGGCUUAUCAACCUCUCUUCUAACGGAUUAAAA